AUGAGCAGGCUUUCGAAGAUCAACAUGCCUCUUCCAGUGCGUCGGCUUUCACCCGCGGUCCUCACCGGGAUUUUCACGUUUGUGUUUCGCUCACCUCUCAUAGGCAAUGUCAAGGUUGCAGGGCUCCUCGAAGACAUUGGGGCUACCGAACAGCAGUUUUCGACCGCUGUUUCCCUCUUUUUCGUCACGUAUGUCCCUGUCGAGGUGCCUGCCGUCAUCCUUGUUAAGCGCUUCGAACCGCGAUUUGUCUUGACCGUUCUCUGUGUCAUAUGGUCUGUCGCCACCAUUGCAAACGGUCUCAUAGCCAACGUCGGUGGUCUCUACGCAUGUAGACUCGUCUUGGGCUUUUGCGAGGGCGGUUUGUUCCCGUCUCUCAACAUGUACUUGACAAUGGUCUACAAACGAGACGAGCUAGCCAAGAGGACUUCCUACUUGGUAUCAUGCACGGCACUAUCUGGUGCCUUCGGCGGGCUUCUCGCCUAUGGUCUACUCCAAAUGGAUGGUGUAGGUGGCUAUGCCGGCUGGAGAUGGGUUUACCUCAUUGAGGGGGCAUUUAGCAUUCUUUGUGCCUUCGCGGUAUGGUUCGGCCUCCCGAGCGACAUCCGCAAGGCGUACUUUCUCAACACUGAGGAGAGACAAGUCAUGGAAAUUCGUCAUCAGCAGAGAUUGGAUUACAUGGGCAGUGAGGAAUUCGACUGGGCCGAAGUCAAGCUCGCAUUUCUUGACCCCAAGACGUGGCUUUCCGCGUGGACCCAGUUCUGCCAGAACAUUCUGACGAACGGCUUCGGAACCUUCUUGCCAUCUAUCCUCCGGGCAAUGGGACACGAUACCCUGGCCGCCAACUACCUGACUGUUCCAGUCUACUGCCUCGGUGCUUUGGCCUUCUUCACCUUCGCAUUCCUCUCCGACAAGUACGCAAAAUGCGGAAUGUUUCUCUUCGGCACCAAUAUCCUGGGCGCCGUCGGCUACGCCAUUCUCAUAGGUGUCAGUAACAAUGCGGUCAAGUACUUUGCCUGCUUUGUAUGUACCAUCGCCGUCUACAACGGAACCGGCCUCAAUCUUGCAUGGCUCAAUGUCAACACGGCCCCCCAGUAUCGAAGGGCCACUGCGAUUGGAAUACAGCAAACAAUAGGGAACUCGGCUGGUGCUGUUGCUGGCCAGAUCUAUAGCGACUCUCCGUAUUUGCUCGGCAAUAGCUUUUCUCUCGGGGCUAUCUUCGUGGCAGAGUGUCUAGUUGCGGUUCAUUGGUUCUACCUAAAGAGAAUGGAAAGGGCAAAGAAGGCUAUCCUGGCGGGCGAAAAGGAGGAUACUCGAACCAAGAAGACGGGAGAUCGUGACCCGAACUUCCGUUACCGGCUCUGA